CCCCAAUCCAACCACCCAACUGCUACACAAAGCACUAUAUUCAAGUCGUCAACAAGCAAACACUCAGCAAAUCUACAACACAUCACCUCAUACCCAAACGCGCCGAGUCUUGCCGCGAAAGAUCUUCACACGAAGCUCACUCACAAUGGACCACCCACAAACACCCCGCAUCCUCGCCCCGCACCUUGCAAACUUCCAACACCGCAUCGUGCGCAUAUUGGGAAAGGUCACGCAGCUGCGUGGUGAGACAGCAGUUAUUGAUGCAGGAGGUAAUGUUGACGUUGUUCUGAACAGGGACUCACAUCUCGCCGUCGGUCAUGCAGUAGAGAUUAUCGGCAAGGUAGAUCAGAAUCUGCAAGUCAAGGUACAAGCUGUAACCGAUUUUGGCACAAAUAUCGACUUCAACGCAGCAAAUGCCGUAGUAGAUGCUACGCAUCGGUACAAGGAGAUCUUCUACGACGACAACUAAACAUUAAGCAUUAAAAGCGUCUAAGUGGUAAGAGAUGAACAUCUUCAUGUACAAAUAUGUGCAUUUUACGGGCGGAUUGGAUUAAUGUACUAGUUGCCGAGCACUACUAUAAGGAUCACUAUGCGUCUACGAGCAGAGAAUGGAGGCCUCGGUCACAUGAUAUGUACAUUUACAAAUCGAUCCAAUCAAGACAAUGCGCUAUGUGUUCUACUCUCGAUGCAUGGUAUCUUCCGGCUAGAAAUAUAGCGCCUCCCAAACGCCUAACCAUGCCAAAAAGAAGAACGCCC